AUGCCUGCUCUUACUACCUCUACUCCGCCAGGGAGCAAGUUCAACCGGAUCCCGGGCCCCCUGGGCCUUGCUUCUGCGUCGCUCGAAGGCAAGGUUGCGCUUGUCACCGGGGCCGGUCGUGGAAUUGGCCGGGAGAUGGCAUUGGAGCUCGGACGACGGGGUGCCAAAGUGAUCGUCAACUACGCCAACAGCACCGAGGCCGCCGAGGAGGUCGUGUCGCAGAUCAGGAAGUCGGGGUCGGACGCGGCAUCAGUCAAGGCCAACGUGUCCAGCGUCGACGAUAUCGUGCGCCUAUUCGCAGAGGCCGUCAAGGCGUUCGGCAAGCUCGACAUUGUGUGCUCCAACAGCGGCGUCGUCUCGUUUGGCCACAUCAAGGAUGUCACGCCCGAGGAGUACGACCGUGUGUUCGCCAUCAACACGCGCGGCCAGUUCUUCGUCGCCCGCGAGGCCUACAAGCACCUCGAGGUCGGCGGCCGCCUGAUCCUCAUGGGCUCCAUCACCGGCCAGGCCAAGGCCGUCCCCAUGCACGCCGUCUACUCGGGCUCCAAGGGCACCAUUGAGACCUUCGUGCGCUGCAUGGCUGUCGACUUUGGCGACAAGAAGAUCACCGUUAACGCCGUCGCCCCCGGCGGUAUCAAGACCGACAUGUACCAAGAGGUGUGCCGUAAAUACAUCCCCAACGGUCACAUGCUCGACGAUGAGGGCGUCGACGAGUACGCCGCCACCUGGUCCCCGCUCCACCGCGUCGGGCUCCCGAUCGACAUCGCCCGCGUCGUCUGCUUCCUCGCCUCGCAAGACGGCGAAUGGAUCAACGGCAAGGUCCUCGGCAUCGACGGCGCGGCCUGCAUGUAG